AUGUGGACAGAUGCCCAGAAAGACCUCGACAUCCAGCUCCGGAGAGAAAGAGAAGAGUUCCUCCAGCCAGAGAAGGACCGCGUGAAAGUAUUCAAGAUGUUAGCCGCUUCCUACAUCAAAUACAUGCAAAUCUUCCGUAACUUGGAGACGGCCCAUGACCAACUCGUUCACUGGCAGAAACGGACAGUGAUUCGGCAAGUGCUAGAUGGUGUUAUUGGCCGAAUCCUGGAGAUAAAAAAAGAGAUGGUGGAGUUGGAGAACUCGGAGUUUCAUUACAUUGAUAAUAUCCUGGAAGAUGUAAAGCUUCUCCCGGAAGACAUAGAAGUACCUGUCCCAAGGUAUUUCAUUAAAGAAAAGCUGGAAGUCCUGCAGCAGAGGGAGAAGAUCCUUGAUCAGAUUUUGUUUAAUGCUGGAUUGCAAACACAGGAAGUAAAAAAAUGUGUCAAGGCCAUGACAUUUGAAGAAGCCAUUAAAGUGAUCCAGGUUGCAGAACGGGCUCGCCAAGGCCGUCAUCGAGCAGCAUUCAUGAAGCAAAUUUACCUGGAAGAGAAGAGAGAAAGACAAACUAAACUUCAGGUCCAGAUGGGUCCAAAUCCAGAUGAUGCUGCCACUUGCAUUCAGAAGGUUUGGCGUGGAUAUAUCCAGCGCAAGAAAACAGACAAAAUGAGAGAAGAGGAAAUGAUAUUUCUGGGGAUGAGCCUACCUCCUCACUUAAAGGCAAUAAGUAUUUCACAGAUGCAUACUGGGCAAAUGAAUGUCCUGCAAGGUGAGGUCCAGGAGAGGCACAAGGAAGUAUUCAUCAAGGACAAGCUGAGAGAAACGGAGGGGCUUGACAUCAAGGAAACUCUCCAGGAUCAGAUUGGCCAGUGUUUCAUCGAGUGCCGGCAUAUCAUAGGCAAGUUUCCUGACUAUCCUACUGAAGAGGCAGGAGGUUCAAUGGCUAUUCUUUCUCAAAAAACUCCAGAGCAGGUCGCUGCAGAACUGGCUGCCAAAAAGGAGAUAUCUUUGCAGAAAAAAGCCCAAAAGAAAAAAAAAGAAAAAGAAGGGAAGGAAAAAAUGAAAGGAAAAAAACCACAGAAAACUGGAAAGAAAGAAGAAGAGGAGGGCUGGAAAAUGGCUCCCAGUAAUUUCCUUUCAAUAAUGGAGGAAGGAAACAGUCAAUACAAAGCCGCUUGGCAGAACAGAGACAAGGGAUGUGAUUUUCUCCAGGAUCAUGACCCGGAGCUGAUCAAAGAAGAGAAACGGGAAGAAGUAGAGGAAGAGAUCAGAGUGCAGGUUGACGAAUUGAUGCAACAAAAACUGGAGAACCUCAAACUGGCUGUGGAUGGAGAGAAGAGUGACAAAAAGAAAAAAGGAAGAAAAAGUGAAAAGAGGGGAAAGAAGACAACCAUGAGGAAAAAGAUACCCGAGAUGGAGGAAGAUCUAACUCCUGACAGGACCAUCGAUUCUCUGUACAGAGAACUAGUGGAAGAAGGAUUACUAAUAAAAGCCAAGACUGUGAAUCUCUCCGAUUAUGUUGGCGAGUACAGCUAUCUGGGGACCACACUUCGUCAGGUAGAUAUAGAGCCAAUGCCCUGUCUCGCGGAUGUCAGACAGCUAAUAGCACUGUAUGGAAUAUUGCCAUUAGGUUCCCAAACAGUCCAUGAGAAGGCUCCUUUGGUGAAAGCCUUGUUACUAGCUGGACCCACUGGUGUUGGAAAGAAAAUGUUGGUCCAUGCCAUCUGCACAGAAACAGGAGCCAACCUCUUCAACUUAUCUGCUUCCAACAUUGCUGGGAAAUAUCCAGGCAAGAAUGGCCUGCAAAUGAUGCUUCACAUGGUUCUCAAGGUGGCUAAGCAAUUGCAGCCUUCAGUUGUGUGGAUUGGAGACACAGAAAAAAUAUUUUCUAAAGCAGUGCCGAAGGCUGAAGAAGAGAUGAACCCAAAACGACUGGAAAAGAUCCUCCCCAAAUUCCUUAAGGCUUUGAAAGCACAGGACAGAGUGCUGCUAGUGGGAACCACCAACCGUCCCUUUGACGCUAAUCUUAAACCUUUCUGCAAAGUCUACCAAAAAAUUAUUCUGAUUCCUAGGCCUGACUACGCUUCAAGAUUUGUGUUAUGGAAACACAUCAUCCUGCAGAACGGUGGAGCAAUCACCAACUUGCUGAACAUAAGCUGCCUAGCAAAGGUGUCUGAUGGUUUCACCCAGGGACACAUCAUCCAGGCGGUGCAAGCUGUCCUGAGUGAGCUACGCCUGCUGCAGAUGACCAGGAAGCCACUGAGGACUGCCGAGUUCAUGACUUCUCUGGCCAGACAGGACCCGGUGUACAGAGAGGAGGAAGAAAUAUUUAAGGCUUGGUAUGCCAAGACACAGCUGGGUAAAGCGCGAAUCAGAGCACUGGCAGACAGUGAAAAAGCAGGAAAAGACGCUUGCUUGCAGCAGGCUGCCGGCUUCACAAACUCGGCAGCACAUCCAGAUUAA